AUGUCACUGUCUCCUCAUCUCCACACGCACAACACAACACAAAGCUCCUUCGACGUCAUUCGUUUCACUGCAAAACCAAAGUUCAGCUUCUUAAUGCUCUUUUCUCUUUCCUUUUGCAGUCAUUUCUUUGAUGCCCUCGCGAGGGCAGUGACCGCUUCGCAUAGGAGGAGGCAUUGUUGUGCCUGUGUGUGCUGUGCGUGGAUGCCUUCUUUGCUGGUUCACGUUUUUCUUUUCCCAUUUUUCUAUAUACUUUUUUUCUGGUUAUAUACAGUCUUUGUUGUUGUGGUGGUGGUCGUUGUCACCGCUUUUGCUUUAAUUCGUGUCUUUCCGCGUUUCCUCUCACCCCCUGUUUGCUCAUCAUGA